GAGCGCCGUUCUGUCAGCGCUUUCAUUCCUCUUAUCAUACAAGAAAGCGCCAAGUGCAGCAAAGAGAAUAGUAAUGCAAGCUUUUGAAGAUAAAGAUUUAUUUCUAUACUUCUUGAUUGCGGCUUAUCUUAUUUUGAAAGAUCAUGGAUUGUUGGUUUUAGUGCAAUUCCUGCUUCUGCAUGGAUUCUUCUUCUUCUGUUGGUUACCAUAUGUAUUCUUGUGUAACAGAGUAAUAUUACCAUUCCCCUAUCAUUCAGUGUUCUCUCAAAGAGCUACAGAUUUUGAAUAUGUUAUAGUUGAAUUUUUGAAGUAUCAUUUCAAAUAUUUAAUUGAAAACAAAGUUGGAUAUACAUUUCUUGAUGGUCAAAUCUUUAGAAUACUUCACAAAAUGAGACUGAUUAGAGAGAUUGGUGAUGGAUUAGGUGAUAUAUCAAUUGAAGAUGUUCAAGACAUAGAAGGAAAUCAUAGAGGGUUAAAGGGUCUCUUCAUGUAUUCAAAGAGUAGGGUUAGCAAAUUUGAUUAUGAUGUAUUAAUAUUAUACGUGCAUGGAGGUUUAGGGUUUGGUAUGGGUUCAGCAGAUAUGUAUUCAGAAUAUUUAUCCAUUUUUCUAGUCAAUUUGUUAGAACAGGGAUUUACUAAUCCUGCAUUAUUGGCUCCAUCCUUUCCUAGCGAUCGCUUAGAGAAAUAUCCAAUUCAAAUGGCAAUCCUAUUGAACUCUUACCAUUAUUUAAAUACUCUAGCUAAUGCAAAUUGUCAUAUAGUUCUUAUGGGGGAUUCGACAGGAGCAACAUUACUUUCAUCAUUACUCCUUCAGAUUUCCAAUCCUUCUCCAUAUAUGCUUAACUAUCUUCUGAACACGUAUAGUUACAAUGAAACUAGAGGUGGAUUUUCUGCAGAAGUAGUUAAAACAUUAAAGAAACCCUCUUAUUGUAUAAUGAUUUCACCAAUACCAAACAUUUAUGGAUAUCACAAGGUUAUUUCUAAUGAAGAUGACUACCUCACAGAGGAUAAUUUAAAGAAUUGGACAAAAUUCUUUGUUGAUGAUGUAGAUGAAAGUACAAAAUACUUAAGUCCCGGGCAAUGCUCGGAUGUUAAAACAUGGCAAACAGCUUUGCCCACUCAGGGAUUAUUAAUUACCUAUGGAACAGAAGAAAUAAUUAGUGAAGAUAUUGAACAAUUUAUUGGCUUGCUUACCCAAACUGGAUGCAAGUUAAAAGUAGAUAAGCAAUUGGGUCAAGUACAUAAUUGGCCCAUAGUCAAUUUUUAUGGUGAAAGAUUAAUAGAUCAUCGAGAGUAUAGUUUACAAUUGUUUACUGGUGUAUUAUCACGCAUGCUACUUCAUAGCACCAAAAGCUUUUUUGAAGUUGGAGCUAAACCACCACUUAAUAUUGUACGAAUAGAUGACGAUUAUACUUAAUCGGUAAAAGUUCGUAUUUUUGCAGCGAUUACGGAAGCGAGAACAAAAACUUUCACGGCUGAUUUGACA